CUCUGACCUUCCUACAGAUCUCAGGCUUGGCCUCGGCAUUUCAGCAACUCAACAUGUCGGCUCUUCUGUUUCAAGGGGGCAAGCAACAGAUUGGAUCCCAAACCAGCGUGCUCAUCAUGCGGCAGAAGUAAAUGAUUGUGGUGAUCAUGGCAGCUUGUUUGUAAAGGUGUACAUGGAAGGCAUUCCAAUAGGCAGAAAACUCAAUCUGGUAGCUCACGACGGCUACCAUGGGUUAGUGAGGACUCUGGAAAACAUGUUUGACACUACCAUUCUCUGGGGGACAGGGAUGGAUGGGGUGCAACCAGAGAGGUGCCAUGUGCUAACAUACGAAGACGAAGAAGGAGAUUUGGUCAUGGUCGGUGAUGUUCCGUGGGAAAUGUUCCUCUCAACAGUGAAGAGAUUGAAGAUUACGAGGGUAGACGCAUUCGGGUGUUAAUUUUCAGAUAUGACAGUGCAGCCUGUGGA